AUGUCAACCUCUUUAACUCCAAAAUCAACUAUCUGCAACAAGAUCGCUUCGUUUGAUAAGUACAACUUCGCUGCAUGGAAAUCAAAGGUCAUGGAAGCUCUCGAGUUCUUGGACUUUGAUAUGCUCGAUGUCAUCAAUAAAGGUUCUAUCGCUACUAUGCAUAAAUCAUCCUAUGAUGGUGCAUUUAGUAGUAAGCUGAAAGGGAAAUCUGUUCCCGGAUAUAACAAGGAAGAGGAAAAGAUGUUGAAUCUCAAUAUUAUAAUCACUUUAUCAUCUGCUUUUGAAAAGGAAAACUCCUCCGACGAUGAAGGUAAGUGUCUCGUGGCUCAGAUUGUUGAAUCUCACGCUGACACUGCACAUGAUAGUAUUGGGAACCUUGACGUUGGUCCUUCUCAUGCUGAUAAGGACUUUAAGCUAGAAUGGGACAAUACUCAGCAUAUCAGGUAA